UCAAUCAGGGGAGGAGGACCGGCGAGCGCGAAGGUGAUUCAAAAUGCUCCCGGCGCCGCGACGUUUCCGAUAGUUUUGUGUCGACAAAGUGCGUAGUUUUUUUUUCGUAUCAUGUUCGGAGACGACUGGAAAUUGUGACAGUUACCUGCGCAAGGAUGCCACCAGGGUGCGAGUCGAUGGUGCGCGGACCAAGGACCGCGACAUGAGCCGGUGCCACAUCGCAACUCGGAUACGCAUUUCACAGGCAACACGAUAACAGCACCCCCAAAAGAGCAUCUCGCCACCGCAGCAGCCAUGGAUGCUGGAUGCUAUGUGCCCAACAACCCCGCGCACUUCGGCCUGGAGGCGUGGCCAAACGUGGCGGACCCUGCCGCCCCCGCCAACCCCGCCGCCUCCAAUGGGGUCGCCUCCGACAUGGCAGCGUUCGGAAUGCCAACUCUUGAUCUCGAGCCUCUUCCUAGUCUCUUCCCGUUCAGCCCCUGCUCCGGCACUUCUUACAAUGAGAUGGUGUUUUGCAGAGAGUUAAGCGUCAAGGAGCAGCAGUCGGGCAAACCAGCAGGCGGCCACGACAUGGCAGAUGUGUUGCUCUCGCUCAAGCACGCCGUCGUGCACCCGGGCCAGCUUUGCCCCAGCGGACCCAUGUCGCCCAACGCGUUCGCAGCACCCUACCCUUCCCUCCAGCAGCAGUCCCACCAGAUUCCCUCGGCCCAGCUCUCGUACACCGUUCACCCACAUCAUCAGAUGAUGUCACCGACUGGUGGAUACGGCGGUCAAUACUGCACAGACCCUUCCGGCUACUCAAGUGUCCCGCAACAACAGCAACAAAACACACAACAUUCCUCAGCCACAAUGUUCCCCAGCAUGAGCGUCAACGUUUCCAUGAACAUGACCAUGGGAUACAACGUGCCAGACCAUCAGAUGGCUUGUCCGCAGAUGCAAUGGGGUCCUAGCGGUUCGCCAGUGUACCACCAGCAGAACCAGGGCCUCCUGAGUCCACAGCCGUACCCGCCGGCGGCCACGUAUUCGUUCACGGCCGACUUCAGGCCGACGAGCGAGACAACACCGUCGUCGUUCAAGCCGGUGCUGAGCAAAGCGUCACCGCUGAGCUUCAACCGGCGUCGCAGUGGGGGCAGCACUAGCAGCGGCGGCUUCAGCAAGAUGGGUGGCUCGCCGACGGUGGCGGCGACGCUGACGGACGGCGGCAACGGCGUCGAGUGCGUGGGCGGCAACCCGCGCGCCAACCUGUGCCGCAUCUGCGGCAAGACGUACGCGCGGCCGAGCACACUGAAAACGCACCUGCGCACGCACAGCGGCGAGAAACCGUACCGCUGCGGCGAGUGCCACAAAUCCUUCAGCCAGGCCGCCAACCUGACGGCCCACGUUCGCACACACUCGGGCGAGAAGCCGUUCCGCUGCCCCAUCUGCGACCGGCGCUUCUCGCAGAGCUCCUCCGUCACCACCCACAUGCGCACGCACAGCGGCGAACGGCCCUACCGUUGCCGCAUGUGCAAGAAGGCCUUCUCCGACUCGAGCACCCUCACCAAGCACCUGCGCAUCCACUCGGGCGAAAAGCCCUACCAGUGCAAACUCUGCCUGCUGCGCUUCUCCCAGUCCGGCAACCUCAACAGGCACAUGCGCGUUCACGGCAACGCGGCCGCGUGACGUCACUGGACCCUGAUCUGCGCGCGCAACGCGCCUCCCCCUCCAGACAUUCGACACUUCUUCCAGUGAGACAGAUGUCGCUAGUUGUGUUAUGACUCUUGCCGAAACGCGAGAGUGAACACUCUCGGUGUGAAAUAUGCAAAGGAAGACUCAUAAAAAAUCUCAAACGUGGUCAUAGUAUUUAAGAUUAGGUCAUACUACUGAGAAUUGUGGCAUGCAAAGCUGCAGUUUUCGGGGCAGGAUAGAAGAAAAUGUUGAAAUUUAUAAUUCUCAAAAUUAACCAAAGAUUUUGUAAAAUUCCUUCAGCAUAAAUCAAAAGCUUCAGAAAUCUCUUGUAAAAUUCCAACUCAUCAGAAUUGAGCAAUUUCGUAAGACGCAAACAUGGCAACAUGAAAAUUUGUUUGUUACCAUUGUAGCCAAAUCAGACGUGGGCACUAGACCAGAGUCUGAUCUUCCGUAUUAUUAAAUGGACAAAUGGUCAAUGCAACGUAUUUCUGAAAACCAAAUACGUUACUGUGUUUUCAAAAAAAAUUUCAAGAGGGACCGUGUCCUGAUUUUCAAAAAACGUUUUUAUGCAAUUUGCACUACACUUUAAUUGGCGCUAUGGAAAUUAGGUAAAGUCUUGUUGUAAACAAUUUUAUAGUUAAUCUCCUCUUUGCUAAAUUCACACCUUUGAUACAUACAUAAUUUAAAUUACGCGGGCCGACGUUUGAAUAGCAAAUUUAAAGCCUUUGAAUUUUUACUGCAAAAUUAGUUGACAAAUUAAAGUACAAUUAGAAAAAAAAAUCUUUUUUCCAUGACAAUGGUUUGCGUUUUAGGAAAAUACUAAAUUAGCCUCCCAUUAUUCAAAUUCAAUAUUUAUGCAAGAGAGAAUCUUCUCAGUUGGAGACAUGCAUGACAGAAAAACCCAUUAUUUCUCUCUUACUGUUACAGUUUAAAAGCAACGAGUUUAGCAUAAGAUUUAAGUAUGAGCCAAAUAGUUUUGAAUCAAAAAUUCAUCACGAAGGUAAUUGAAAGCAACGAAAAAAAUUUAAUGCAGAAGAGGUUAUUAGAUCUUAUAUUUUUUUAAGCUACAACUCAAUAUAUGAAAAUUACGUUGAAUUAGCUCAAUUUUUCAAGAGCUUCGGUUUCCGGCACGCAAGUUGUCUUGUUCCAACCCAUUGAAUCGACGCGUACAAUGUAAAAAGUUGUGACUUGUUGCAAAUUAUAUGUACUAUGACUUCUGCAAAUCUGAUGUGUAAUUGAAUGCGUACUCACAUUACGUGAUGGAUCUGCUGACCAGCGCGUACUUAGAGGCCACACAAAUGACGGAAUAAGAGAUCUCAUUACCACUGAUAGUAUUUAUUACGCUAAUUAAUAAUUUAUUUCGCGCGUAAGAUACACACAAUAACUUUUUAAAAAGGCCAAUGGUGCAGCCAUUGCGAGGAAAUACUCAAUGUCUAAGUCACUAGAUGUAAGAAAAUCGCAUGUUUCUUUUUUUUAAAUAAUGUUAUUAUUCAAUUAACUGUUGCACCUUCAAAAGGAAUUAUUAGGAAAGUGAACCAAAUAAAAUUUUAGUUAAGGCUGCUGUUGUACAGAGAAAUUCACCUUUUUACUAGAAUGUAGAAUGUGAGUUUAUGAUAACUUGACCUCCAUUUAGUUUUAGAUUGAACUAUUUUGAAUCACAGAAGAUGCAACAAAUUUAAUGGAAGUCCAAUGAUUUGUUUUUGACUUUGUCAAUAAAAUGCACUCUACCAAAAUAUGACGUGGAAUUUCGUUUUACAAAAUUCUGAAGAAAGGUAUACUUAUGCAAAUAAAAGCAAGU